CCCUUUUCCAUCUCUCCCUCUCAAACAAAAACAAACUUUCCUCUCCCUCCUCCACAUCUCUCACUAUCUCCCCCUCUCUCCAUCUCCUCCACAAAGACUUUAUUCUCCAUUUCCUCUCCCUGUCCAGCAGUCACUAACUCACCCUCUCCCUUUCCUCCCAAACAAUAUCUCAUCCCUCUCACACGUAUUCUCUCUCCCCCGACAAUCAAACUCUCUCUCUUCUUCCUUCUCACCCCCUUCCAGCACUCACUAACCAUCUUUCUCCCCUCUCCCCCAGGGUCGUUCCGGUCGCCCCGCAUCACGGAGCACCCCACGGACAUCACGGUGCCGCGCAGUGAGCCCGCCACGCUCAACUGCAAAGCGGAGGGCAAGCCGCAGCCCACCAUCCGAUGGUACAAGGACGGCCAGGUGGUCAGGACGUCCCCGGGUGACCCCAAGUCCCAGCGCGUGCUGCUGCCCACGGGCUCGCUGUUCUUCCUUCGCGUGGUGCACGGCAAGAAGGAGGACGACGCGGGCGUGUACUGGUGCCAGGCCAGCAACCAGGUGGGCACCGUCACCUCCAACAACGCCACGCUAGAGAUUGCAGUGCUGCGUGACGACUUCCGCCGCACGCCCGCCGACACGGUGGCGGCGGCGGGCGAGGCGGCGCUGCUGGAGUGCGUGCCGCCGCGGGGCCACCCGGAGCCCCUCGUGCGGUGGCGGCGCAACGGCCAGGUCAUCAAGGUGCCCGAGUCCCACAGACAUGAGGUGGUGGACGAGGGCACGCUGCUGAUCCGCCACGUGCAGCAGAGUGACGGCGGCCAGUACACGUGCGAGGCGUGGAACCUGGCGGGCAGCAAGACCACCGAGCCCGUCACGCUCUACGUCCACAUCAAGCCCAGUUUCCUACGCGGGCCCAAGGACACGGUGAGCCUGAGCGAGCGACGCGUGGAACUGCAGUGCCUGGUGAACGGGGACCCGCCGCCGCAGGUCACGUGGCGCCGCCUGAGGGGACCCCUGCCCGAGGACCGAACACAGAUACUAGACGACCACACCCUCAGAAUCUCUCGCGUGACCACCGCUGACGAGGACACGUACGUCUGCGAGGCCGUGAAUGUGGUGGGCACGGCCAGGACCAACGCCUCGCUCACCGUCUAUACCGCCCCCGAGUUCCUGGUACGGCCGCAGGAUGUCAAGUCGUUGGAGGGAUCGUCGGCGGCCUUCGAGUGCCUGGCGGUGGGUCGUCCUCCUCCCCUGGUCGUGUGGAGCCGCCAGGACGACCACCACCUGCUCCUCCCCCGCCAGGACACACCCUCAGGCGCCCCGGACGACCAGCCCAACGUGUGGGUCAACGCCGAGGGAACUCUCAUUAUUAACAAGGUAACCAGAGAGCUCGCGGGCUGGUACUCCUGCGCCGCCGUGUCCGCCGCUGGGUCCCUGGUGGCGCGCGCUCUCCUCGACGUGCCCGCGCCGCCCCUGCUCCCGCCCCCCGUCAUCGCCCAGCGCCCCCGGAACCUCACCGUGACCCCGGGUACCUUGGCUGUCCUGGGGUGCCGCGCGGAGGGCGACCCGGCCCCGAAGAUCACGUGGGAGAGGGACGACCAGCAGCUACCUGAGGACGACCCAAGAUUUGAGAUCCUGGAGUCUGGGGCGCUGCAGGUGGAGGCCGUGACCCUCGAUGACGCUGGUCGCUACACCUGCACCGCCACCUCCACCGCCGGGGCCUCCUCCUCCGACGCCUUCCUCCAGGUGGCGCCCGAACACACGCCCGCCGCCGCCCACGCCACGCCGCCCCCCUACCCCCGCGACCUGCCCGGCCCCCCCUCGCCCCCCACGUUACGGGCCCGCAACACCACGUCCCUCACGCUGGCCUGGGGGGCGCCCGAGGAGGAGGGGGCGUCACCGAUCAUAAGCUACGUGUUGGAGGUGUGGGGCGGCGGGUCAGGGUCCUGGCGUCAGCUGGGGGAACACGUGCCCGCCACGGCCUACACGCUCACUGGGCUCAGGCCAAACACGCAGUACCGCGCCCUCGUCAGGGCCAUGAACAUGCAGGGGGUGUCUGUGGCCUCGGUGGUGUCCGGCCCGCUGCUUACCACGGGCGGCGGCGGCGGGGGUGGUGGCGGCGGGCUGGGGGGCGGCGCGGGGAGCGAGGAAGACCCCCAGGUGCGCGCCGUGCUGUCCCACCCCCUGGUCACCCUGCUCCCCCCCACCCCCCUGUCAUCCACCUCCAUCAGACUGACGUGGAAGGUGAAGGAGUACGGCGAGUACAUGGAGGGCUUCUACGUGCGUUACCGCGACCUGGACCACGCGCCGCACGUCUUCCGCUCCCAGACAGUGCCGCGCGAGGCCCAGGAGGCGGCCACGCUCACGGACCUCGGCAAGUACACGGAGUACGAGUUCCUGGUGGUGCCCUUCCACGGACGCAUCCACGGACACCCCUCCAACUCCCGCGUGGAACGGACCAAAGAAGAUGUCCCGUCGGCGCCGCCCUCAGGAGUGGAGUCCCUGGUCCUGAACGGCAGCAGCGUGGUCCUGUCCUGGCGCCCGCCCUCCCCGGCUCAUACCAACGGCCGCCUCACCCGCUACUCCAUCUGGCUUUUCCUCAACCGCACUCAGCCGCACGCCAACCUGACCGUGCCCGGCUCGCAGCGCAGCAUCACCUUACAUAACCUGACCUUCGGCGCCCUCUACACCGCCUCCGCCGCCGCCCACACCAGGGCGGGUCCGGGUCCCAGCAGCGGCGGACACACGUGGCUGCAGGACCCCGCGGCGGGCGGCGGCACGGACGAGGCGCGGCGCGUGACGUCCCCGGUGCUGGCGGUGCUGCGCGAGGCGUGGUUCAUCGCGGCGGUGGGCGGCGCGGGAUUCCUGGCGCUGGCCGUCUUCGUGGCCGUGGUGUGCUACAGGCGGAGAGAGAACGAGAAGCGGGUCAUGGGCGGCUACAAGAUGGACGGGCGCGGGGUCAACGGCACCAUGACGGGCGGCCUAUGGAUCGAGCGGGGUCCCUGGGGCGGCGGCGGCGGCGGCGGGUCAUCCUCAGCCACCACCACGGACGACAAGCACGAUGCGACGCCCGAGAAGCUGCUCAACCUCAACGCGCUGCCCGCUGACUACGCCGAGGUGGACGGCCCCGCGGCGCCUCUCAUGCCCCAGACGAUGCCGCAGGGACCCGUAACGCCCGUCGCUUAUGCCACCACGAAUAUACUGAGGACCAGGAAUGGUGACAAGGUGGUGGAGCCCAACAUCCCUGUGUACGGCGGCAGCAUGUACGGGGACAACACGGCGGCCGGCGCCCCGCUGCACCACCCCGACAACAACCUGGUGGUAUACUGCACCCUCAAGAAACAGCAGCUGUACAAGCCGGCGAUGUCACCCGCCCUCAACGCCAAGCAGCCUCACGGGGUGGUGCAGCGCGGGUACAUCCCCCCCUGGGAGCAGCACGCCCCCCCGCCCCUGCCCGAGCACCCCCCGCCUGAGCACCCCCACCCCCCGCAGCCCCCCGCACCGCCCCCCGCACCCCAGGGCCAGUGGAGGCACCAGUCACCCAUGGUCAACCGCGCCAUGGCCAGACAGAUCACCACCGGGUCACUGCCUCGCCAGCUCACCAAGCGCAAGGCGUCACCAAGCGUCCCCAAGCGUGGCAUCAACACCGGGGACUUCGACACAACCAACGGCGGGGGCGGCGACCUACCACCCCCACCGAACGACCUGCUCCCCCCAACCUCCCCCCAGAACCGCAAGGACUCGACAGACUCCCUGGGGCCUCUAAGUGUCGGUCUUCAGGGGCUGCAGGGCUUGAGUGGGUCCCGGAUCAUGGGGGCUCCCGGGGCGCCACGUCUGCCCCGCGAUUACAGCCCCGGACGUUUACCGGAUAUGUAUAGUGGAGGGUCGGUGUACCAGGGGCCCAUUGAUGAGGAGGAGGAGGCGGAGGGGGUGUAUCGCGACAGUGGCAGCGCGCUCUACACCGAUAACUCGAGUGCGCUUUACGAGUCGACGUCGGCAUUCUACGGCAAGGUCGGGGACAAGGCCUACGCAGCGGAUGCCACGAAUCCGCUCCUGACGGCACAGCAGAACGCGUACCAGCAUGGGGUCGCACAGCACACCCCAAGACAGGCGAACGGCAUCAAGGAUCACGGGAUUAAGCACAACAAUCUCCAUAACCUUCAGCACCACCACCACCGCCCCUCCGCCAACACCACCAGUCCACCUCCCACCCACCACCACCAGUCACCCCACCAGGCCCCUCAGCUCCUCAACCACCACCUCAACCACCCUUAUGCCGAGCAACAGCCCCUGCAGCGGUAACAUGGGCCUGGGUGUGAGUCUGGGUUUGUGUGUGUAAAUUGGACCUGUCUGUGGGUCUGUCUGUGUGUAUGUGUGUGUGAACUGGACCUUUCUUUGGGGGUCUGUGUGUCUGUUGAGGUCUGGCUGGUCUAGUAUGGCUGUGUGUCAGUUAUUCUGGGCUCCUCAAGUGGUCUGUCUGUUAGGCCUCUGUCUGUCUGCCUGUCUCUAACAUGGUCUGUCUGUAUGAAUGAGCCUCCUCUAGGUCUAGUCUGUCUGCUAAAAUGUGUAUAACCAAACCAGGGCUGUACUGUGUGUGUGUGUGUGUGAGUCUCUUCCCUUCCCUUCCCUGUGUGUGUGUGUGUGUGUGUGUGUGUGUGUGUGUGUGUACAUCCCAAAGCGUACACAAGAGGCUGUCACUGCGUGUGUGCGUUCGUUCGUUCGUGCGUUGGUCGGGCGUGUAGUGUGUGAGUGUGGAGGUAGCCGUGCAGGUACACACAUAUUACGUACCUUCGUUAACCUUAUAGCCAGGUGAUCAAAGCUGCUAAUUCUAUAUAUACUGCUGCUGCAUACUCUAGUCUAGAUGUAAGGUGCGGGGAGGCUGUCAAAUGAGGGCCAGAUGUCUGUCAAAUAAGGUGUCAGAUCUUUGUCAAAUGAGGGUCAAGUGUAUGUCAAAUAAGGUGUCAGAUCCUUGUCAAAUGAGAGUCAGAUCCUUGUCAAAUGAGGGUCAAAUGUCUGCCAAAUAUGAGGUUAAAUGUCUUGUCAAAAUGAGGCUAAAUCAGCAUUAGGUGUUGACAGUGUUGAAUGGAAAGGAGAGAGAAGAAGAGAGAGUAGAAGAUAGAUGGAAAGAGAGACAGAAAAAGAGAGAGGAAGAGAGACAGAAAAAGAGAGAGAGGAAGAGACAAAAGAAGAGAGAGGGAGAGACAGAAAAAGAGAGAGGAAGAGAGACAGAAAAAGAGAGGGAGAGAGAGAUAGAAAAAGAGAGAGAGGAAGAGACGGAAAAAGGGAGAGAGGAAGAGAGAUAGAAAGAGAGAGGAAGAGAAAUGGAAAAAGAGAAAACAAAUGAAAAGGGAAAAUAUAUAAAUAACUGAGGCUACAUGAGCAUUAAUAUAGACAAAUAAGGCUUACUAAAUACAGUUAAAGGGAUAUAUAAAUGAGGCUAAGAUGAGCAUUAACACAGAAGGAGAAACACUGCUUGCUGAAAAUAUUGCUUACUAAAAAAGGAAAGCAAGGAGGCAAGUGAAGCUAACAUGAGCAUUAGUGUAGGAAAAUAUUGCUUACCGAAAAUAUUGCUUACCGAAAAUAUUGCUCACCGAAAAUAUUGCUUACCGAAAAUAUUGCUCGCUGAAAAUAUUGCUCACCGAAAAUAUUGCUCACCGAAAAUAUUGCUUAGUUAAUAAAGGGAUCGGAGAGUAUAAAAGUGAGGCUAACCUGAGCAUUACUAUUAAGAGAGGAAAAUACUGCUAACCAAAAAAGGAGGAAAAUAUAACGUGAGGCUAACAUGUGCAUUGGUAGAGGUAAGAAAUAUAAAAGGAAAUAAAUAUAAGUGUGGCUUAAGGAACAUUUCUUGCCAGCAUUGGUAGGACAGGAUGAAAAAAAUUACGGACUGACAGAAAACAGAAAAAAAUGUCGAGAAAACGUAAACUUUAUAGAGAACAGGGAAGUAAAAAAGUAGUUGGGGGCAUACAUUGUAGCAGCACGUGGCCUCGGUGCUCAUCUCCGUAACAUUGGCCCUUGAGCCUGUGGUGGGAGGGUGCCCAUUACCCCGGGACACAGGGCCAGUGUGACAUCUGGGUUACCACAGAAAACCAGAUGGGAAAUUUAAUCACAGUGAACAGAAAACUACUUAAUCACAGUGAACAAAAAAACAGAUGGGAAACUUAAUCACAGUGAACAGAAAACAACUUAAUCAUAGUGAACAGAAAACCAGAUGGGAAACUUAAUCACAGUGAACAGAAAACAACUUAAUCACAGUGAACAGAAAACCAGAUGGGAAAUUUAAUCAUAGUGAACAGAAAACAAUUUAAUCAUAGUGAACAGAAAACCAGAUGAAGAACUUAAUCACAGUGAACAGAAAACAACUUAAUCACAGUGAACAGAAAACCAGAUGAAAAACUUAACCUGUAUCAGUGAAUGGAAAACUGUAUAGAAAAAUAAUACCUUGACUUUCCGAGUGAGUGGAGAGGUGCUACACUAAAAAUGGUUGACCAGACACUACCAAAAGAAGAAAAUGAAGUAGAGAGGAAAAGAAAACUUACUGAACCAAACUCGACAUACUGGAAAACUAAAGGAGAUGAGGGCAGUGCAGUGACAUACUAGUAAUACAUAUAUAUAAAGAAAAUGAAAUCAUCUCCUCAAGCGAACGGAAAAGUGUCACACAAACAACUCGUGCAAGACGCGGAGAAAACCUGUCCUUACUCUCUCAACCCAACCGCACACACUGGAAAAGCAAAGUGUCUGAGGGUGAAGAGAGCUCUGACUUACUAUUGAUGAUAUAUAUGCAAAGAAAAUCACUUGUAUUCUCUAGUGAACAGAAAAAGUAGCACACAAUCCCAACUCGUGCGAAGAAAGACGAGGAGAGAACCUGUUCCAACUCUCUCAACCAAAUCUCACACACUGGAAAAGCAAAGUGUCUGAGGGUAAAGAGAGCAAUGACUUAUUAUUUAUAUAUAUGCAGAGAAAAAAGCUUGUAUUCUCUAGUGAACAGAAGAAGUCGCACACAAACUCAACUCCUGCAAAGAAAGACGCAGAAAAAACCCCAGUUCUUACUCUCUCGACCCAACCACACACACUGGAAAAGCAAAGUGUCUGAGGGUGAAGAAAGCACUGACUUACUAUUGAUGAUAUACAAAGAAAAAAGCUUGUAUUCUCUAGUGAACAGAAACAGUGUCACACAAACCCAACUCGUGCAAAGAAAGACGCAGAGAAAAACACUUCUUACUCUCUCAACCCAAUCGCACACACUGAAAAACCAAAGUGUCUGAGGGUGAUGAGAGCACUGGCUUACUAUUGAUGAUAUAUAUGUAAAGGAAAACUCUUCACCUCAUACGAAGGAGAGAAAACAUGUUCUUUACAAGUUGGAAGAACAAAGGAACUGAGAAUGAAGAGAGCAGUAAACUUAAGUAAGAAGAAGAAGAAAAAAAAAAGAUAAUCAGGAAAGGAGACAAACUUCCUUCUUACCGAACUAACCUUAACAUAUUGAAAAAACUAAACUAGCAUAACUAAUGAUAAACAGACCACUUGACUUCCUAGUAACUAUUUAUACAUGAAGAAAAUAAUACCUGUUCUUACCUAAUAUUACGUACUGUGCAGACCAGGUAGCUAACAAGACAGGUAGAGUAAUUCCUGUUCUUACCUAAUAUUAUGUACUGUGCAGACCAGGUAGCUAAUGAGACAGGUAGGAGUGUGGGUUACUAUACAGGCCACCACCCAGCACAACCCCUCCCCUAAACCUCACCUUUCACUAGAGUUUCCUAUGAUUGUGGCCGAGGUCCUUGCUGUUGUGUCUAGUGGGAAUGUUACUGAGGAUGUGAGAUAUGUAGUGAUGGGAAGGAUUGGAGGCAGAAUAAGAGAAGAGAUAUGGAUAGAAGGGAAAAGAAUGGAGAGAGAGAGAGAGAGAGAGGGAAGACAAGGGAAGGAUAGGAGGGAAACUAGAGGCAAGAGGGAGAUAGGAAAGAGAGAUGAUAAAAAAGAGGGAAUGGAAGGAAAGGGAAGGAAAAGUAGGAUCAAAAUGAGAGAAAAUCAAAGGAAAGAUAGUAAAGAGAAGAGAAAAAGCAGAGGAAAGAGAAAGAAGGAAGAGGCAAGAGAGUGGAUAAAAGAGAAAAGGCAAGGGAAGGAAAGGAUAGCAAAAAGAAAGAUAGAAAGAGAGAGGUAAAGCCAGUAUAGAACAACAUCCUCUACACAUCAAAAAGCCACAGUUAAAGUUGGCAAAUCCUGGGUGAGGUUUACAGGAACAAGUGGGGUGGUGGACACAUAGUAACCAAUAUACAUACAUCCAUACAUACUUCCGUGCGUACAUACAUGCAUACGUGCUAUAUAUAUAUCCUGUAUACAUACUAACUAACUAACUAACUAGCUGCUUCAGGCCUGUGCCGCGUGUCAGUGUGGUGGUCCGUAGCGUGUGUGUCCUAGACGUAACCAUCAACAUAAUGCUAAGAGUACCGAGGGGGAGGGACGCCCGGCUGGACGCACCGCCCCGGCCUGUACUCACACAGAGAAUGGGAAUGUUAAGUUGAGGUAUUCGUAUAAAUUAUACAUUGUCAAAUUAGUGGUUUGUCAGUACUCUUUGUUUUGACGAUGAAGCCAUUUGCAUUUUAUGUGAAUUUCAUCCCUGUGACUUCAUAAAGGUUUGAAUUCUCCUUAACCAAACUUUGCCGCGGUGGACGCAGGGCUGCUGAAGGGUGAGCUGUGCUGCUGCUCAUCCAGGAGCUGCAAGAUGCUGUGUUGCCCAAAUUGGCAAAUUUCUAUGUUUGAAAUAUAAUUUACUUUUAAAAUUACAAAACUUAGCAUUACAAUAAUUAGUCACUGAAGCUUUUUACUUGCUUGCAGAACAGCUCACUCACUACCUAUUACGUUUAUUCCUUUGGGAAUUUUAAAAUCAGUUUACACAAAGUGUAAUGUUCUCAUGCAGUCCAUGAACCAAUCAUGUCACUUGUUUGGCUCACCAAUCACACUGAUCUUGUACCACUCAUGACAUGACCCAACUGUUAUCCACUCUGUGCCUCGGCUCAACAUUCUUUUUGUGUGGCACUGCUUGGUGUUGUGUGUCCAGCGUGCCGGCCAGACCCCCGGCGGUAUAAUACAUACAUAGUCGCUUCCUGCAGGGAGCUCGGGACGGUCCAGCUGGGAGUGUGCGUCUUCCUGGCCUAUGUGCACCCCUUGCUGUGUGUGUGUGUGUGUGUGUGUGUGUGUGUGUGUGUGUGUGUGUGUGUGUGUGUGUGACUGAACUCUCUAUUGGACAUAUCUCCUUUGCAUGGGUAUUUUUCUUCUUCACUUUUCUCUCACUCACACGAACCCAAAUUUGUCAAGAGAGGAAAAUAUUUAUACUACCAGAAUCAGUGUGUGUGUGUGUGUGUGUGUGUGUGUGUGUGUGUGUGUGUGUGUGUGUGUGUGUGUGUGCUAGAAAGGAACACAUAUCACUGUUUUUUCUGCCUAUUCUUCCAUGUCAUAUCUUAAUCAUAAUCAUAAUAAUAAUGAUAAUAAUAAUAAUAAUAAUCCUAUACUGACUUAACCUUAAUCUUUUGAGUGUGUGUGUGUGUGUGUGUGUGUGUGUGUGUGUGUGUGUGUGUGUGUGUGUGUGUGUGUAAAAAAAGUAGAUUGAUUUAGAACAAGGUGCAUGAUUCUCUCUCUCUCUCUCUCUCUCUCUCUCUCUCUCUCUCUCUCUCUCUCUCUCUCUCUCUCUCUCUCUCUCUCUCUCUCUCUCUCUCUCUCUCUCUCUCUCUCUCUCUCUCUUUUUUGCAUGCUAGUGUGGACAAUAAUAAGAUAACUUGUAUAUUAAUAACCUCUCCUAAUUAUUAUUAUUAUUAUUGUUAUUAUUAUUAUUAUUAUUAUUAUUAUUAUUUUUAUUUGGUAUUUGUAGUUUCCUUUCUUUUGUAGUGUUCUAGUGUGUGUGUGUGUGUGUGUGUGUGUGUGUGUGUGUGUGUGUGUGUGUGUGUGUGUUUUAUAUAUAU